GAGGACCGGAAGUCGGCCUGGGGAGGGAACGAGAGGCGGCCUCCGUCUGGCAGUGGAGCGCAUGGGGGGACGGCGGCGGCGGGAGCGGCGGGAGGUCGCGCGCCCCCUCCCUCCCCGCCCCUCCCCGCGGGUGAGCGGCACCGGCGACAGCAGCGCCGCCAGCAAGAAGUCCGCCGCCGCCCUGGGCUACACCUCGGACCGCUUCGUGAUGCAGCUGUUGCCCCGGGGAAGCCCGCGCCGCGCCCCCGCCAUCCACCGGGGCUACUACGUCCGGGCACGAGCGGUGGAACGGAGCGUGCGGGCCUUCCUGCUGGGCACUCGGGGCCAGCCGCGCAAGCAGGUGGUGUCGCUGGGCGCCGGCUGGGACUCGCUCUACUUCUGCCUGAAGGAUGCGGGGCUGCUGGCGGGAAGCGGCGAGCCGUUCUUCGAGGUGGACCUCCCGGAGGUGGCCUCCCGCAAAGCGGCCCGGAUCUCCGGCUCGGCGGAGCUGCGCGCCUUGGCUGGGAGAGGCGGCGGCCCCGAGGAUCUCGGAAGCGUCAAGUAUUCCGGGGAUGGUUACCAGCUCCUGGGUGUGGAUCUCUCCGACGUGGCUCUGCUGGAGGGGGCCCUGCGUGGCGCCGGCCUGGACCCCACGACACCCACCCUGAUCCUUGCGGAGGUGGUCCUGCCCUACAUGGAGGUUGAGAGGUCAGAUGCUCUGAUUCAGUGGGCAGCUGGGCACUUUCAGAGGGCCUGCUUCAUUCUGUACGAGCAGAUUCAUCCCAGCGACCCUUUUGGCCGUAUCAUGCAAAGCCAUUUCAGCCGUCUACAGUCUCCACUCCGCUCCCUAAUUUCCUACCCAGACUGCAAGACUCAACAGAUGCGCUUUCUCCAGAGGGGCUGGACGGAAUGCCACAUCGUGGACAUGAACGAGUUCUAUAGGAGCUUUGUGCCUGGAGAAGAACAAAAGAGGAUUCAAGCUCUGGAGCCCUUUGACGAAUUUGAGGAAUGGCACCUGAAGUGCUCCCAUUAUUUCAUCCUGGCUGCAUCUAAGGGAGAGGCCUCCUUUGCACCUCCUGUGUUUUCCAGGAUGGAAGCCUCCCCGGCUCACUGCGCCCCUUGCUUCGCUGGGACUGUGGCUACAUCCUUCUGUGUGGCAGGUGGGGCAGUGGCUGGCCUGAAGCGCUAUGGUCAUUGCUCAGUGCUCCUCACCCCGGACAUAAUUCUAACCACUGGGGGCUUUGGGGACCAUGGUGGACGCCACUGCCGCCUGACUGAGCUGCAUAUUCUGGUCAAGCACCAGGGCGGCUGGAGAAGUGGCAAGGUCAGACUGGCUGAGCUAGGAAUGGCUUGGGACGGGCGGCUUUUCCACACUGUGAACGUCCUGCGCUCAGGCUGGGCUGUUGUGCUUGGUGGCCGCAAGUCCCCAGAGAGCCCUGCUCUGCCACCCCUCUGCUUAAAGGGGCUGGCAGAUGCUGACCCUUUGAGCCCGGGCAACCCCGUCAUUGAGCUCGCUCCGCUGCUGCCAGUCGAGGGCCUCGCGGGCUUCUCCGUGCCCCGCUGGAGACACACCACCACGGUGGUCACGCAGGAAGGGCAGGCUUACCUCUUCGUCUACGGAGGCUGCAGUUCUGGGCAGUCGGUGCUCACCGAUUGGUAUUUUCUGCAUUUGGAGGGGCUCCACUGUCAGCAAGUGCAGAUUCCAGUGGAGGGUCCCGUUCCAGUUGGCCGCCACUCACAUAGUGCCUGCAGCUGGGCAGGUGGGGUGCUCAUCGCCGGUGGCCUGACAGCUUCUGAGGAGCUGCUGGGCAGCCUCCUGUUUCUGAAGCCAGCCGGGAGAGGCUUCCGGUGGCAUUCUCUCGAGACCUGUCCCCCGCUCACGCCCAGGUAUUCACACACGGCUCAUGUGCACCGUGGGAAACUGUUGCUCGUGGGUGGGGUCUGGCUCAGCCCUCCUUUGGUGCCGGGCGUUGCUGUGAUAGACCUGGAGACAAGGGCUCUGGCCGAGUAUCGUAUCGACACAACACUUCUGGAGUGGCCCCUAAUGUUACACAACCAUAGCAGUGUCCUUGUGCCCGACACGGAGGAGAUGAUUCUUACUGGGGGAGGCGGAAACUGCUUUUCCUUUGGGACUCAUCUGAAUUGGUCACCUGUCUGCCUGGAUCUGAGCAGCAUCUGGAGGGCUGGGCUUUGACAUCUUGGGGGUCAAGAGGAUAGGAGAAGGGCCGAAGCAGCACUGGGUGACUCAGGGGACUGGACCCCUUGAAUUUGAGAACAUCACCCCUCCCUCCUCCAGCCAUUCUACACAGUGGCAGCCUCUCCUAAGAGAGUUACGCUCUUGCUCCAAGGAGAAGAUACUUCGUCAGUGGCCCCUGGGGCAAGGAGUCCACCCGCCCUAAAACUCUCAGCCCCAUCUCCUUUGCUGCCUCCCGGACAGUGGCCACGGUCAGCAUGAGGAUCCAGUAGGUUUCUGGGGGAUUUUUAUAGUUUCCUUCGUAUACCCUCUCACCUGCUUCAGCUGUGACAGCCGCCUUCUGCAGCAGUUUCUAGUGAUUUCAACUGCUUGGAGAGA